CUGAUCCACAGAUUAUAGAUGAAUUAUAAUAGGAUGGCGGGGGAGGGGCAGAGCUAUUUCUGGCCCCAUUGUCUGUGCCAGGCCGGAGGGGCAGUGCCCAUUCUCCUCUUUGUCCCGGGAAGGUGGCGGACGGUUUUGCUGGGAGAUGCUGAACUCUCUGCGGUUCCUCUGGUCUGGCAUGGUGGCCGCUCACCUGCUGGUGGCCAUCCUGUGCUGUACGGUAGCCGGAUUGCUGAUCACGCGAUGGUUGGAGCGGAGGCGGAGCUAUCAGAAGAUUGGGAACGCCGGGAUCCAGAGAGAACAUUCCCUGAGACUCAUGGAGAAGGCCGUGCUGCAAUAUCUGGAGCAGCAUGGUGAUGUGGAUGCCGGUGGGAUCCUUUCGCUGUCCCUGGAGGAGUUGGUCAGUCAGUUGAAGAGCGGAUCGCUGUCCCCGGAGGCCGUGCUCCACGUCUAUAUAGAGAAGGUGACACCGUCUGGGGGGACGUUUACUACCAAAGAGCUUGUCUGUCUGGCCUCCCUUUGUUCAUGCUGGGAGAGGGACUGGGGUCAUGUGUGGAUGGGGGGCCACAACAAGCACUGCGGGUUGGUCCACUUCCUGGGAACGCCGGAUGCGGAGGACAGUGCGAUCGUUCAUGUGCUGAAGAAGCAGGGAGCCGUCCCAUUCGUGAAAACCAACGUUCCCCAAUCCCUCAUCAACUUUGAUUGCAGUAACUCCAUCUACGGACAGACUCUGAAUCCGCACAAUCACCGGAAGACGUGCGGGGGUUCCAGCGGCGGGGAGGGCGCUCUGGUCGCAGGGGGCGGAGCCAUCCUCGGAGUGGGCACUGAUGUUCUGGGAAGUAUCCGAGUGCCGUGCAGUUUCUGUGGCAUCUGCGGCCUGAAACCCUCUGGAGACCGGCUGAGUGAGGACGGAUUACUGUCUCCAGUCAGCGGGAUGAGGUCAGCUGUCAAUAUGCCGGGUCCCAUGGCACGAGAUGUGGAUAGUCUGGCUCUGUUCAUGAAAGCCGUUCUCUGCGAUGACCUGUUCCAGCUGGACCCCACCAUCCCCCCACUACCGUUCCGGGACGAGGUAUAUAGAAGUUCGGAGCGUCUGGUGAUCGGAUUCUAUGACACUGACGGAUAUUUCCUCCCCCAUCCAAGUGAGAGGCGCGCAAUCCAAGAAACCAAAACCCUCCUGGAGGAGGCCGGACACAAGUUGGUUCCGUUUGCUCCGCCCAGAAUUGAAUACGCGCUGAACGAGCUUUGUAUCCGCGGAUUCUUCGCUGACGGGGGAAAGACUCUGCUAGACAAAUUUAAGCCGGACGUGGUGGAUCCGAAUCUGAAGCAGCAGCUCCUGCUCUGGAGGACUCCGGCCAUUGUGAAGAAGAUCGUUGCUUUCUUCAUGCGGCCUGUGUUCCCGCGAAUCGCCAACCACCUGGAGGCGCACAGCGGAGUGAGCUCGGUGUCGGCUCUCUGGAGACAUUAUACGGCCAUUAAGGAAUAUCGCCGUGAAUUCAUCGGUGAAUGGAGGAAGCUCGGUCUGGACGCUCUGCUGUGUCCUGCGCUCAGCCCGGCAUUCAAUAUCGGCCACCCCGGCAAACUCUUCGGUAACUCUCAGACACCUCCAUUUAUAAAGACUUGGCGGCUCUUGGUCUACGUGAGCGCCAUCUUUUAUGUUGGGAUGUCGGAUGAUGGGGGAGUCUCCGGGUCCCGUCCAAUAUGGUCAUCCGUGUAUGAGGACAGAGAUGCCGCCAGACUGUGCAGCAUUCUCAGUGGAGGCUGUGCCCGGUGUAGGCUGUGCCCGGUGUGUAUUGGCAGUGCCCUCCUCUGGGUAUGCGGUGCCUCAUCUCUCCUCUCCUCCCCCAGCUCGGUGUCGGCUCUCUGGAGACAUUAUACGGCCAUUAAGGAAUAUCGCCGUGAAUUCAUCGGUGAAUGGAGGAAGCUCGGUCUGGACGCUCUGCUGUGUCCUGCGCUCAGCCCGGCAUUCAAUAUCGGCCACCCCGGCAAACUCUUCGCCGGGUUCAGUUUCACAAUGUUGUUCAAUAUCCUGAACUUCCCGGCCGGAGUUCUUCCCGUUACCGCCGUCAGCGCCGAGGAUGAGGAGGAGCUAAAACAUUAUAAGGGAUAUCACAACGACCUCUGGGACAAGGAGCUCAUCCAG